CGGAGCUUCAGCGAAAAUGAAUCGGCUGUUCGCCAAAAGGACCGCCGCCCGUCCCAUGACCAGGAUCCUUCUAGGAUCAUCGGUGAGUCGCCCGUUUCGAGUUACCUGCGUCAGGGACUCCAGCUGCAAGGACGAGUACUCGCUGACCGAUCACAAGUACGAUGCGAUUGUGAUUGGAGCCGGCGGCGCGGGAAUGCGGGCGGGAUUCGGUCUGGCGGAGAAGGGCUUCAGGACGGCCAUGAUCUCGAAGCUCUUCCCCACCCGAUCGCACACGGUGGCCGCCCAGGGCGGCGUGAAUGCGGCCCUCUCGAAUAUGGACAAGGACGACUGGAAGUACCACUUCUACGACACGGUCAAGGGCAGCGAUUGGCUGGGCGAUCAGAACGCGAUCCACUACAUGUGCCGGGAGGCGGCGAAGGCGGUCUAUGAGCUGGACAUGUACGGAAUGCCCUUCUCACGGAAGCCCGACGGGAAGAUCUACCAGCGACCCUUUGGGGGUCAGACCUUGGAGUAUGGCAAAGGUGGGGUGGCCAGAAGGGCGUGCGCCUGCGCAGAUCGCACGGGCCACGCCCUCAUCCAUACGCUCUACGGACAGACGCUGAAGCACUCAGAUUGCUGCCACUACUUCGUGGACUACUUCGUCCUGGAUCUCAUCAUGUCGGCGCAGGGCAGCUGCGUGGGCUGUCUGGCCUGGAAACUGGACGAUGGGACCUUCCAUCGGUUUUUGGCCAACAACACGGUGGUGGCCGCCGGCGGCUGUGGUCGGGUUUACUUCUCCACCACCGCCGGACACACGUGCACGGGUGAUGGAAAUGCCUGGGUGUCGCGGCAGGAGUUGCCCCUCAUGGACAUGGAGUUUGUGCAGUUCCACCCGACGGGCAUCUACGGCGCCGGUUGCCUGAUCACCGAAGGUGUUCGCGGCGAGGGCGGCUUCUUUCUGAACGCCAAGGGAGAGCGCUUCAUGGAGCGGUAUGCGCCCAAGGCCAAGGAUCUGGCCUCCCGGGAUGUGGUGGCCCGGGCCAUGACCAUGGAGGUCCUGGCCGGCAACGGUUGCGGUCCGCUCAAGGAUCACGUGCACCUGCAGCUCCACCACAUCGAUGCGGAGAUCAUCAGGCAGCGGCUGCCGGGCAUUCUGGCCACCGCCAAGAUCUUUGCCAAGGUGGACGUGACCAAGGAACCGGUGCCGGUGCUACCCACUGUGCACUACAACAUGGGCGGCAUACCGACGGAUCACAGGGGCCGAGUGAUCACCGUGGAUGAGAACGGGCGGGAGCAGGUGGUCAAGGGGCUGUACUCAUGCGGCGAAACGUCCUGUGCCUCGGUGCACGGAGCCAAUCGCUUGGGGGCCAACUCCCUGCUCGACUUGAUUAUUUUCGGACGCGUUUGUGCCUUGGACAUUGCCGAGAACAGCUGUCCGGGUGAUAAGCCACCACAGGUGGAGGACAAGGCGACGGAUAGGUCGAUGGAGAACUUCAAGUGCCUGCGCAGCGCCAAAGGAUGUACUCCCACUGCCGCUUUAAGGAUCGAACUGCAGCGGACCAUGACCAAACAUGCGGCUGUUUUCCGCGAAGGGAAACUCCUCAAGGAGGGUCUGCUCAAGGUCGCCGCGCUGUGCGAGCAGUUCAAGGACGUCAAGGUCACCGAUCGCACGCUGGUGUGGAACACCGAUCUGGUCGAGACCCUGGAGCUGCAGAAUAUGCUCGCCAAUGCGGUGCACAUCAUAGCGGCCAUGGAGAAUCGCAAGGAGUCGCGGGGAUCGCAUGCUCGCGAGGAUUUCACGAAGCGCGAGGACGAACUGGACUACGGGGCACCGAUGGCCGGGCAGAAAAAGAAGCCCAUGGAGGAGCAUUGGCGCAAGCACACCAUGACCUUCGCCCUGGGCAACAAGGGCUGCGCCUCGAUCAAAUAUCGACCGGUGGUGGACACCACUUUGGACGACUCGGUGGCUCCCAUUCCACCUGCUCCGCGCACCUACUGA